GCUGGUGCUGCCUUCAGUGAGCUGGUCCUUCCACAUCAAUCAAGGCAUACAGAGAUCUGAGUUCAACCCUCAGGACUCACAGGAAAAUCUGGGUGUGAUAAGCGCACACCUGUAAUCCUAGAACUGGGGAGUCAGAGAUGGGAGAUCCUAGGUUGAACUGGCCAGACAGACUGUGGACUUGACAAGCUACACUGCCUAAAACACAAGCAUGAUCUCCUUCUGUCCAGUCUGUGGCAAAAGUGUUCAAGGAUCAUUCAACUUCUGCCCAUACUGUGGCAAGGCCCUGCCUGUAGAGGAGCAUGCAGGAGCCCAGGCUGGUGUUACGCCCCUUGUGUCAUCCUUUCGAGGCUCAAGAAAAGAGCUGAACUUCAGUUCUGAAACCUCUCCCAAGAAAGUGAAAUGGUCACACACUGUCUCUUCUCUCCCACCCUCCUUCCUCUCUGACUGUGACAGCUCUGAGUCUGAAUGUACCUUGCAUUCUCCCGAGAGAGCCGCAGGCACAAGGAGCAGACCCCCGACUCCCAGAGGCAGCCCACAGGCCUCCAGGCUAAGUCCUCAGACCCUGAAGCGGAGCCGGGUGACCACAUCACUCCAGGCUUUGCCCACAGGGACAGAGCUGACAGACAAGAAAGGGCAGCACUGGACACUGAGGGCCCUCCAGAGCCGGGAUGACCAAGGCAUUCUCUAUGAAGCUGAGCCCAGUUCUGCCAUCCCCUGUGAAUCAAGGACUUGGAAGCGUAGAUUCUCACUCAAACUGGACUCCAAGGAUGGGCGCCUUUUCAAUGAGCAGAACUUUUUCCAGAGGGCAGCCAAGCCUGUACAAGUGAACCGGUGGAAGCAGCUGCGCUCAGUCCCGCUCCUGGCCAUCCCCACCUGCGUUGGCUUUGGCAUUCACCAGGACAAGUACAGGUUCCUGGUAUUCCCUAUCCUGGGGAGGAGCCUUCAGUCAGCCCUGGAUGAUAACCCAAAGCACGUAGUAUCAGAGAAAUGUGUGCUGCAAGUGGCCUGCAGGCUGCUGGAUGCUCUGGAGUUCCUCCACGACAACGAGUAUGUUCACGGGAACCUGACAGCUGAGAAUGUCUUUGUGAAUCCGGAGGAUCUAAGCCAGGUGACCCUAGUGGGCUAUGGCUUCACCUUCCGCUACUGCCCAGGUGGCAAACAUGUGACCUACAAAGAAGGCAGCAGGAGCCCACAUGAGGGAGACCUGGAGUUCAUUAGUGUGGACAUGCACAAGGGAUGCGGGCCCUCCCGCCGCAGUGACCUGCAGACCUUGGGCUACUGCAUGCUCAAGUGGCUUUAUGGGUCCCUGCCAUGGACAAGCUGCCUUCCCAACACGGAGGAGAUCACUAGGCAGAAGCAGAUGUAUCUGCACAACCCUGACCUCUUCGUGGGACUGUGUUGCCACUGGAGCAAGGCCUCAGAGACCCUACAGGAGUACCUGAAGGUGGUGAUGGCCCUCAAUUACGAGGAGAAGCCGCCUUAUGCCAUGCUGAGGAACAAUCUAGAAGUCCUGCUGAAGGAUCUGCGGGUGUCCCCCUAUGACUCCCUGGACCUCCAGAUGGUGCCUUAGGUGGAAUCCAGAACUUCUGACUUGCAGCUUGAACUGGAAGGUGAAGUGGUGUGACUCAAGGCUUUCUGUGUGAACUCAUACUCCUGAAAGUCUCCCCUGAACGUUCGUUUCCACUGCUCCCUUAGGACGUAAGAAUCAGCUCUCAGUGGCGGGCUGUGAAACCCCUCAUCUCUCCGCAGUUGUCAAUGGAGGUGCCUGGAUGCUGGUGGCAGCAGUGGCCACUACCUGGGGCCCUCCCUCCUUGGGCAUUCCUGUGGUUUCAGAAUAAACU